GACAUUACUUUGAAGAUACAGUUCUUGAGGCUUCUUCAGAGCUUCAGUGAUCACCACGAGAACAAGUAUCUCCUUUUGAACAGCCAAGAACUUAAUGAGCUGAGUGCAAUCUCCCAUAAAGCCAACAUCCCUGAAGUUGAUGCAGUUGUCAACACAGACAGGAGUCUUGUCUGUGAUGGGAAGAGAGGUUUAUUGACCAGACUGCUUCAGGUCAUGAAGAAGGAACCAGCUGAAUCCUCCUUCAGGUUUUGGCAAGCAAGGGCAGUUGAAAGUUUUCUGCGAGGCACCACCUCCUAUGCAGACCAGAUGUUCCUGCUAAAGAGAGGGCUCCUGGAGCAUAUUCUCUACUGCAUUGUUGAUAGUGAGUGCAAAUCACGAGAUGUGCUUCAGAGUUACUUUGACCUUCUGGGAGAACUGAUGAAAUUCAAUAUUGAUGCAUUCAAAAGGUUCAACAAGUACAUCAACACAGAUGAGAAGUUCCAGAUAUUUUUAAAUCAGAUCAACAGUUCACUGGUUGACUCAAACAUGCUUGUUCGCUGCAUUACGCUGUCCCUGGACCGGUUUGAGAAUCAGUCUGAUGCUAAAGUUGCAGAAGUCCUGUCAGAGUGCCGCCUGUUAUCAUAUAUGUCCCAGAUGUCCAUGAGAAUGUCCUUCCUUUUCCGUCUCAUUAAUAUUAUUCAUGUACAGACGCUUACCCAGGAAAACGUCAGUUGUUUGAACACAAGUUUAGUUAUCCUAAUGCUGGCCCGAAGGAAAGAAAAGCUACCUUUUUAUCUGCGCACUUUGCAACAGAUGGAAUAUACAGAAAAAUACCCAGGCUUCAUCCUGAAUAACUUCCACAGUCUCCUGCGAUUUUGGCAGCAGCAUUACCUCAACAAGGAUAAAGACAGCACCUGCUUAGAAAAUAGCUCCUGUAUUAGUUUUACCUACUGGAAAGAGACUGUAUCUAUACUGCUCAGUCCAGACCGGACGUCCCCCUGUGCCAUAGUUAGCUACAUCGACGAGGCGUAUAUGGACAUUGACAGAGACUUUUCUGAGGAGUAAUUCUUCGCUCUGGCUUCUGACGGACAGCGCUCGGAGGGUACCUCGCAGCCCGUGGAUUUUCAGGGAUACGCUGUGUAGUGUGUGUGUGCGUGUGCAGCUUGGAACCGUGGAGCGUUACUGCAUUGUCAAAACCCCAGCCCCCUCCCGGCCCCCAUCUCUGAUCUCUAACGGAUGAGACUUCGAAAGCUCACUGGGCAACACAUUCAGGGAUGUAUCUUCCGGCUGUUCUGGGAUAAAAAUAAUCACCUGCAAAAACCAGCCUCUUUAUUUUUAUUU